CCAGGACCCUGCAUUCACUAUAUCUGGUCUCCCACAGUACACACAACAUGGACAUGCAAUUAUUUUAGUAAAUAUAAACUGCUAAAUACCUUUUCUCUUCAGCAGUUCGAGCAGCCUUGUGACUUCUAUCAGUGUUCAGCAGAGCACUGGUUAAAGCUUGAGGAGUUUUCUUUCUGCUCUAGGAGGAUGUGAAACCUCUGACCCUCUGUCUGGACAGUGCUGAUUGGCCCUGUGCUGAUCACAUGCACCCUCCCAAAAAAAAACAAAAAACAAAAAAAACCUCUCUAGCAAUGCACACCAAACUGAGCAU